ACCGGCCUCGCCGCCAUGCCGUCGCGCUGCGCCCGGCCUCGGCCUCUAGAGGGAAGGGGCGGGGGAGUGGCGGGUUGUGCUUCCGGGCCGGCAUUUUCGGUUCGGAGGAGGCGGGAAAUGGCGGCCGGGCCGCCCGAGCGGCGGGACGCGCGGGUGCGCUGCUGCUCGCGGCGCGGCCUGGACGAGGUGGUGGGGCUGUGCGCGCCCUUCCUGCGGGGCCUGGCGCAGGGGCAGCCGGGCGGCGCCGCAGCCGCGGACGACGCGAUCUGGAACUUUGAGGCAGCAGUGAGAGAGAAUGUUACUAUUAAUGGGCAGCUCUGGGCAGAGACAUCAGCUGACUCUGAACCAAGCAGUGCCAACAUCAAAAUUCUUGAAGAUCAGCUUGAUGAACUGAUAGUAGAGACAGCAACAAAGCGUAAGCAGUGGCCUAAGAAGAUACUGGUGCAUGCUAUCCAGGCCAUGAAAGCAGAGCAAGAGAUGUUGAAGCUCUACCAGCCUGUCAUAACGCCAGAAGAGAUUAAAUCACAGCCUUCUCAAGAUGCUUACCUCACAGAUCUGAAGCAGGUGACCGAAAUGGCAUCCGAGCAGAUUGGUGAGGCAAUGAAGUCUCUCCCAGCCCUAAUAGAAAGAGCAGAAGGUUUUUCCCAAGCGUUAACUUGGCAACCAACCUUGGAACUCUGCAAGCUGCGUCAAGAAGUCUUCACUGGUUGUAAUGCAAAGGAGGAAAAUAGUGUCCAAAACUUUGUAUCACCAGCAGAAGUCACACCAACAGACGCUGAUACCACUGACAAUCCUUACACUUUGUUCAAAAGAAAAAAGGCUGCAGAUACACCACAGAGAAGAUACUAUCCGCUUCGACGGAGGAAAAUUACCCUCAGCAUGUAGAUUCCUCAUGUAGAAUUUCAGGAUUGGAGAUUCAGAAAUAUUCUCGUUCAGUGUAUUCAGUUUAAAAAGAAAAAACACAAAAACAACAAAAAAAAACUUAUUCUGCUCUCUAAUUCAGUGCUAUACAAGGGAGAUUCCUUGAUUAUUUAGUCUUUUGAUUCUUUUAAAUAUUUCUCUUCUUACUGAUACACUGGUGGUAUUAUAAAAGCCUAUAUGAACCAGUCACUGCUGAUACCCAGCAAGCAUGUUUACUGAUUAACUCUCUUCUUUGCCCAUUUAUUACAGCAUUUAUUACCCUCAGCCUUCGUGCUUCUCAGAGCUGUGCAAAUGCUUUAUAUGUGUGGGCACUCCUUUGGUAAACUAGUAAGUGCUCAUAUACAGCAGGCACAUCUCUGAAGAUGUUGGAGAGUGUCUAAUUCUCCUAACCAUGCUUCAUUUAAACUGAGCUUGGAUAUUUCAUAAAUAAAUUUAAAAUACUUUCAGACUGGGGCAUGUGAAACCCACCAAUUUUAGUGCAGUGUUUUAGUUUUUACAAAAUCCAUGUGCAAAUCUAAAAUUGAUCCCUCCUGUUCUACCUCUCAGGUAAUCUUCUAGAUCAGCAGGGCUCAUUAACAGUCAUCUUGAUUUGAACUUGGGAUUUUAAUAAUUAUAUGCAUUUCCCUGCAGAGUGCUCUACAGAACAAUGAUUUGACCAUCUGCAUUUUACCAUCUGAUAUUUCAGUUUGUGUAAAUAACCGAUCUAAGCAAUCUGGGGUUUUCCUGGACAAUAGAUGUACACAUUACAGGAUCUCGACUUGGCCAUGCGUUUGUGGCAUUUGACUAAACUUACCCAAAAAAAUCUAAAACAGUAGAGAUUAACAGUAAAUGGGAUUAAGUUGAGCUAGCAUUUUUUAUUAUAAGCACAGUAGUACCUAGACAUUUACAUAGUAGUAUUAAAUUAAGCAUUGUGCCUUAGCCACUGCAAACUUUUUCCAGCUUAUGACUGCAUACGCUUACAGUAAGUACUCGUGUCUAACCAAUAUGUCAUGUAUUCCCUCCUGCAGUACAUAGAGGCUGAUUUGGAAGCUUUGCUAACGGAAUGUAAUGUAGUGAGAAGGCAGGUGCAGCUUGAUGUCUAGAGACUGACAGUUUUCAAGGAAGUGCGUGACAGAUUGUAGCAUCAUUUAUGUUGUGAAGGUGAGCACCUGUACCAAGGCUCUGUAUAUUUAAUCGUAUGUAAAUAUCUCCUAUCACUUUUGUAUAUACAAACUUCUGUUUUUAUACAAAGUAAAUUAAAUCAACUAAGAAAGAUCAAAGAUCUGGAUGUCUGUCUUAGUCCCGCAAUACAUGUUGACUGAACAGUUAGUGUAUUAGUGCUUUAGAAGACAUCUGUGUUAAAUUUUGGCUGGAGUAACUGAAGUAGUUCCAUUUACUGCCUUUGAACUUACGACUGCUAUUAAUCACAAGGCUACAAAGCCUCUAACAUAAGAGAGGACAGGAUGUGAGAGGGACUGGAAUUGCAAAGCUGCGGAACGUGUGACCGGGAUGGUUUUUCACACAGUGAAUUCUGGUUUGUUUGAAUGUGUGUGUGUGUUCUGGUUGAAAAUCCCCACUGUUGCACAAAUGCAUACAUCUUCACCAAGCACUGCAGGAUUUUGCAUGUCUAUUACAGUAUUUAAAUAUUUUUAUGUUAAUAGAAAUAGGUAUAUCUCUUUCAAGAGGUCCCAUCUCAAAUGACCAACAUAAGACAAAUGUCUUAGGAAAUAAGGAGAGCAAGCAGUGUGGAUUAAGGGCUAGUAAGUGAAUCAAUGACUUCAUCCUACAGUGCCUGUUAGAGGUAAGAGAGUGCAGGGCAGCCGGUCUGCAUGGGUUUUGAAAGAAGUGGGAAUGGAUGUCUGCUGCCUUGAUCUAGAGCAGCCAGGCCUGGUUCUGUGGCCCUCCUUUAAUCACAGCUGGGUAGAAAAAGAAAACUGCAUCUGGGAAUGCUGUCCAAAUAACUGAUAUAAAGAAGAAUAAAGAACACCAGUUGAUGUCCAGUGCAGUGCCUCAGCUAU